GACAACAGCAUGUUCAUGGAGGCAGCCAUGUUUGUUCCGAGUUGUGAGAAGCUCGAACGGGAGAUUGUCGGACGUGACGUCACUCAACUCGGAAUUUCCGAGUUCCGAGAGAAAAACGAACGCACCAAAAAGAUAUUGGGCGGGUCGAAACAAGGAAACGCAUCCCAAGGCAGAGGUAUGGAUCAAGAGGAGAAACAGCGAAAGCUGGAAGUUGGACGAGUUAAGAAUAAAGGGUGGAAGAGGAAGAAUGCUAAUGAACUUCCAACAGAGGGGGGAGAGCUAAACCAGGGGGAUAUGACAGGUACACAGGAAGACCCAGAGACUGCUAUUGAUCUGGCUGUACUAAAUGAAAGAUCGCUAACUAGUGCAACGGAGCAUAGCAUGCUGGGACAUCAGGCAGCUGGCAGUACCUGUGGAAAGGUGGAGGAACCUGAAGCAAUGGUGCACCAGCAGCUACAGGAGCUUCAGUGGGCUGUGCAGAAGCGCAGUGAGAUUAUCUUGCAGCUCAGCACCAGCCUGCAGGUGGUUCUGGCAAACCGACAGCAGCUGCAGCAUCAGGCAUUGCAGCUGAGUGACGAAAUCCUUGUCCUACAAGAGCAACUUCAGCAGGCCAGCAAAUUGCUGAUGAGCCGCAAUUGCAGCUGUGUGGAGCUUAGCCAGACGCAGGAGCAGGUCUCCCGCUUCCUGAUGUGCCUGCAAGGCCACCGGUGCCACCUAGAUGGGCUGCAAUGGCAGCUAGAGGAAGCCCAUCAGAGUACUAGAGACCAGCAGCAGCAUCUCACGCAGAAGGAUGGUAUAAUCUCAGAGCUGGGGGAGAAGCUGGCUGAUGCAGAGAAGGAGUUGUCACUCUUGAACCAGGAGCUAAUGAAGCUCUGGCAGAGCACCUGUGUGGCUGAUGAGGACUGCUGCUGGGAUUGCGAGCUGCAUACGCUGACGUCGAAACUGCAGAAGAGACAAGGCAACAGCCUUUGGGAGACAUGGCACACCGCAGAUCUGCCUAAGGCCUCUGAGAAGGAGCAAAGUGGACUGAAGGAGCAGCUGGCUUCUGAGCAGCCUGCCCAGGAGCAGCCUGCAGUGUGGGCCCGCAAGACUCGGCAAUGCCCGACUGAAACUCAAGAGCUGCACACAGAGAUUUUUCGACUGAGCAUCUUAAUCCUGGAUCUCCAGCAAAAGCUGGAGCAUGAGGAACAGUCAGACCAGGAUCUUAAGUUUAAAACAGGCAGAUCAAAUAGUGAAUUGCGGGUGCUAGGUGAGGAAGGGGCGAUCGAUGUUGUUAACUUGGAUGGGGCUCAUGAGACUGCCUUGCAGUGCCUGAGAGAGGAACAUAGGGACAGCAUUAAAAAGCUUAAGGAACAGCUGACAGCUCUGCUAUGCUACAGAGAUGAAUUCUGCCCAGCACCAAUCUCCUGUGUAAAGUCAGGCAAGACCCAGCUACCUAUGGAAAUGGCCACUGGUUGUGACAGAGAUCCAGUACAGGGAAUCCUGGGGUCAUCUUCCAGUGAGAACCAUCCGAUGGAGAAGUACCUUGUCAUGUCAGAGAAAUGGGACUCUUCCUGCUUGGAGAGAAGCAAUGAUGGACUGAACCUUCUAGAGCAGAUUGGGAAUUACCGAUUUGAUUUUGGCAGUGAGCUAGAACUUGAGAGGUCAAAGUCUGUAAACUCUGUUCAAGAGCACACUGAACAGGGUCAUGAUGACCAAAGUCUAAUUCCAGAAGCUGGGGGAGGAUAUGUCAGCUUAGCCAUGCACGAUACUACUUUGCACAGACUGUCAGAAGGCUCUGAAACUGUUGAUUUGGGAAAGGUUCUGCUCAUGCAGCAGUGCAGGGAUGUGAAUGAACAACUUACAAAACGAGAUGAGCAGCUUUGCGUUUUACAAGAGGAAUUGCGAAAGUCAGCAGUGGAGUUUCAAGAAGCUUUGCAGAAGUGGAGCAGUGUCACAGAAACUCUGUACUCUGUGCACUGUGAGCUGGAACUGGGGAUGUGCUACCAGGACGACUUGAGGAAUGAACUCUACUCCUCAGGGAACUAUUCAGAACUUGACAGAGAUGUGAACAACCUGAUCCAGAAGCAGAAACAGCCUGGUGUCUCUGUCACCAGUGAUGUCCGCACAGUUUUUGGUCACCAACCUGCUACCCUGCAAAUGCAAAAUAAUGAGCUAGAAACCCAGACAGACGCGGAUAUGGCUAAGAAUCAGACUGCUUCUGAGCCCCUUGCACAGAAGACACCAAGACCAUUUUCAAUGGAGACUAAUCUCCCAAUAGAACUGAAGAAAUGUAGAGAGAAGCUGGACAAGGCUACAGAAGUGAAAGCAGAGCUGGAGUCUAAGCUGCUUUGCCUUCAGCAGAAUUUAACUAAUGUGGAGAAGUCUCUUGGCCAAAGUUCCAAUGAAAGGACUGCUCAGGGGCAAUGCCUAAUGGGACUGGAGUUCAAAGCUAACAAUACGGAGAACAUCAUGGUUGCUCACUCUGAAGAGUAUAGAAGUCAGCUCAAGGAAAAGACAUCUGAUCUGGAAGUGCAUGAAGAGGGCAGAAUGACUGAGGAGAAACAGCAGAAGGAAGCUGAGUUAGCAGGCCUCAGGAAGUGUCUGAAGGAGCAGGAGCAGCUAUACAAGGAAACUCUGGAGAAGCUUUGCAGCUCACACCAGGAGGAACAGAAACACCAGCAAGUAGAGCUGCAUGAAGAGAUGGAGAGCAAGCCAGAAGAACUGAGACACAUAAUGGAGAAGAGACAGAGAGAGCAAAUCAUGCUAAUCAAACAGGCCCAUGUGCGGAAACAUGAAAGGGAGUCGGUGGAGCUGGCCUGCAGACAGGAGGCGGAGUUGAGCCACCUGUGGGCACAGCUCAGUACUGAGCUGCAAGAAAGCCUGGAAGCUGCACACCAGGCAGAGUUGCUUCAGGCACAGCAGGAGCAGCACGGUCUGGAGCUGGAGGCCCCGAGGCUGAACCUAGGUGAGCAGCAAGUGGCCCAAGUGGAGCGGACUCAGGAUGACCUACAGCAUGAUAGUGUGGUGGUGCUCAGCGAGCUGCAGGCUAGCUGGCCUCUGGAGAGCAUCUUGCUGCAGACACUUCACCAGAGGGAGCUGGUAGCCACUGGCGAGGAUCACCAGCGGGAGCUGGAGGAGAUGAAAUGGGCGUGGAAGGCCAAGCUGUCCAAGCAGGAGGUCCUGCUGGAGAAGCAGCACACCACUGAGAUGGAGGAGUCCCUUCAGGCACAAUUGGGAUGCAGUCAUGUGGUGGAGCUGGAGCAGCAGCAUAACAGCCUGCAUCUGCAGCACCAGGAAGAGCUGCCACAAGUGAAGACUAUCCUCACUGACUGCUACUUCCAGAAGAUCCAGGAGCUGAAGUCCAAGUAUGCACUGGAGCUGUGGGCCAAGCUCUCAGAUGCUCAUGUGAAAGAAAUAACCAGGGUGCGUUUGCAGAUUGCCCAAGAUGUGGCACGUCAGGUUGGGGCCGAGUUGGACAGGGUCCAAGCCCUGGCGCAAGAACACGAAGCAUAUCUAGUCCAGUUGAAGCAGGACUUUGAACUGAGUGUGGAAGAAGGAGCCCAUGGGGAAGAACGGAAGAAUGCAGAGUGCAAUCUCGUCCAGGAAGAGGGCCUACAGAAGGAUGCUGCAGAGGAGCCUUGGGUCCAGGAGCAACACUUGGAGAAAGAAUGGGCUCAACAUGCCAUGCAAGACCAGUUUGAUGAUGAGUACAGUCUGCAGAUCUCUGCCAUAGCACAGAAAAUCUUUGGCCAGCUGCAGAGUGAGCGACAAAGCAUGAUUCAGGAGGUGAACAAGCAGGUGUCUCUUCGUGAGAAGCAGACCGAGGCCAGGUUGAAGGAAGAGCAGAGACAGCUAGCCCAGCAGUGUGAGCAUGACCUUAGUUGUCUGAGGAAGACUCACAGGGAGGAGUUGGAGGUGUUGAGGUCUCUGCUGGAGAUGUACGUGCUUAGAAUGGAACAGUUGGAACCCAGGCUUUGUAUCAGACUUAAGGGAGAGCUUGAGUCAUUGGAGGAUGACCUGAGUAGCAAACACAAGGGGGGGAUUGAGUCCCUAGAGGCAAUUCUGCAAGAACCGAACAUGGUUCAGUUGGAAGUGUCUGAGCCAGAGCUACAUGCUGAACAUUGGAGAGAGGAGGAGCUGCAAGGUAGACUGCUGUCUAACAUGGAGGCGCUGGAGUCAAUCUGUUGUGAGAAGGAGGCCAUGCUGCAAGUGGAGGGGAGCAGCCAUGUGGCCAAGCUGGAGGAGCUUAGGGGGCAGUUGGCCCAGGCCUACAUGGAAAAGUUCACCACCAUGGCAGUGGAGCUGGGCCAGGCUCAUAAGGUGGAGCUGGCAGGGUCCCUGGCUACCCAGCGACAGGCCCUGGAGGAGUUGUUUGUUGCAGCUCUGGGGGUGCUGCAGCAGGACGUGCUUGCCCUGGAGAACCAGCAUAGCACCACCCUUCAGGAGCUGAGGGAGCAGCAGCAGGCAGAGGAGCUUAGUGUUGAUUCAGUCCAUGAGCUGGAGGCUCUCCACAGGGAGCUGGAGGAAGCGAGGCAUCAGAAGGAGCGUUUCCAGGUGGAGAUAGAGGUGCUACAGUCUCAGGCACAGGAACAGAAGCUGCUGGUCUCCCAGCUGGAGAGGCAGCUGAGCAAAGAACACCAGCAAAGCCAGCAGCCACAGCAGGAGGUGGACCUGGAGCUUUCACAGCUCCGUGUGCAGAUUUCCAACCUGAAGGGGGAGUUGGAGGGCAGGUGCUCAGAGAUGGCCACGCUGGAGACCCUGCUGCAGCGCCGUGAGAGGGAAAACCAGGAGGGCUGUCACUUGUUGGCUAUGCUGAGGGCAGACCUAACUGUGGCUGCUGAGGAUAGGAAGGGCCUGCAGGAGGUGCAGGUGCGGCUCCUGAAAUUGCUGCUGGAUGUCUUGGGGAGCAUUGUAGCCACAGAGGACCUGAUCAACCAGAGAAUCAAUAAGGGAAAACCUAGAUCGAGCCCAGGAAAGGGUGAGGAUUCUGCAUGCUGUGACUCUGGGCCAGACAGUUGUCUGUGGUCCACACUGACUGAGAGUGGCCUGGAACAUUCCCAGAGGUUGGGAGAGACCCUGCUUUGUGGUCCUGAACAGCUUGUGCUGGAAGCCUGUUUCCGGCUACGCUCCGCAGUGGAUAGGCUGCUGGAACAGAUGGCACAGUCGGAAGGAGUGGCAGUCCAGUCCUAUCGUGGCAAAGAUGAUACAGCCCAGCUGAUCCUUCUACACAAGCAGUUGUUGGAGCAACUGGAUCUGGAGGCCAGUGUGAAGAAGCAGAUGGAGCUGGAGCUGCACAAGGCAGAGGGGCUGAUGGAGGGUUAUGUGAUGGAGAAGGCCACCCUGGAGGAGAGUCUGCAGCAGAAAGAGAGCCAGGAGCAGAAGCUGGUGGAGGAGCUGGAGGCUAUGCGGCUUCAGCUGCAGGAGCUCAGCAAGGAGAAUGGCCUGCUACUGCGGCAGAGAGAUGCCCUCAGCGGUGUCCUGGGGGAGCCAGAGAGAAGUCUUCUCGAUGAGACUCUGCGCUUGGCUCAGGAAAAGCUGGAUGUACAGCGACAGGCAGAGAAAGACCACAGUGGGCUGGUGUCACAGCUCCGCCAUCUGGAGACUGAGCUGGAAGAACAGACAAACCGCAACAUGGAGCUGGAGGAGCAGCAACAGGCCCACAAUGAGGACCUCUUGCAGCAAAUCCAGGCUCUGGAAAAACAACUGAAGCAUCAUCGGCAUUUCAUUGAUUGCCAGGCCAUGGAAAGGGAGCAUGAGAGAGAAGAGUUCCAGCAGGAGAUCUGCAAAUUGGAGGCGCAGCUGAAGCGGCAGACCCGGGGCUGUGCUGGGGAUGACGGUGCUGGACGCAGGGUGGAGGACUUGUCUCAGCAGGUCGAGAGCCUGCAAGCGUCUAUGAAGGAGAAGCUGGAUGAUUACAGCACUCUGCUGCUGGUGAAGCAGAAGUACCAGUGCGAGGUCGCUGAGCAAAGUGAGGAAAUCGACAGGAUGGCUGGCUGCAUGCGAGAGCUGGAGCAGGAGUUGGACAGGGUCAGGAGGGCCCAGGUGGAGUUGCUGCAGGUGAAGAUGGGGCUCCAUGGCGAGGACUUGCAUGUGCCAGCUGUAGGCGGCUCCCUGUGCACACUGAAAAGCUGCCUCUUGCAGGACAGGGAGGCCCUCCAGCAGCAGCAGUACUCGCAGUGUAUGCAGAUAUCUGCACUGCAGUCUACGGUUGACGAGGCCCGCCAUCGACUGCCUGAUGCUACGCCAGACCCUGAACUACGGGCCGAGCUAGAGGCUGUACAACAGGACUUGCUGAGCAAGGAGAUGCAGGUGCAAAUGCUGUCGGGGCAGUUGGAGGUCUUGCAGAGGGAGUUGACAGUGAAGGAGGAGGAGGUCUAUCAGCUGAAUCUACAGCUGGAUCAGCUCACUAAGCAGAACUCUGCCUACACUGAGCAGCUGCAGUGUGAGGUCACAGCCUUGCAGGUGAGCUCCCUGCACAGGAAAGACAGAGGGGACAAUAAAACCACAUCUUCACUGCAGCUCCCUUUGGGUCUGCUGGAGGUGAACCAGGACACUGACCACCUGAAGCAGGAGAUUCAUCAGCUUCAACAGGAAGUGGACGUGUUUCAGAAUAGCAAGAUAGAGGUAGAGCUGGAAGACCUACGGUCCCUGAUUGAUCAUCUCCGCAAUGAACAGCAGCACCUGCGUCAGCAACAUGAGGAAGAGGAGGAGCAGCUGCACGGAGUCAUCCAUAAGCUGCAGGAGGAGAUAACACAGCUGGGACCCAGCUGUCUGGAGGUGAACGAACCCCAGGAAAAACACAGAACCCUGGCAGCAGGCCGUCACACUUCCAGCCAUGACCUGCAGAGCCGACCGAACCUGGUGCACAGUGAGAAGGAAGCUCUGCAGCUCCUGCACCCCAGCAGCCAGGGGGAGACCUUCAGGAGCCAGUUGGAGAGCUUGGGUCACAGCCUGGAGGAGGACCAGCAGCGGGCAGGGAAGAAAGAUGAGGUUGCCUUCCUCACGGAGAGUCUGUCCCAGCAGCAGGCGCAGGUGGAGCAGCUAAGCGCUUCUUUGCAGGAGCUGGAGGAGCAUCAGAGACGGGAGAAGCUGUCCGUGGUGGAAAAGGAGGAGCUGACUAAAGAGUGUCAAGCACUGAAGCAGCGUGAGGGCUGGCUGCAAGAGGAAGUAGAAAAGCUGAAGCAGGAAGUGGUUUUGGCUGCUGCUCAGAUUCAGGAGUUGAACUCCCAGCUCGAAGCUGGGGAGGUGGGGUACGCAGAAGCUCACAGAGACGUCCUGACAUGUGCAGAAACAACCCUUGCCAAGGCGGAGGGUGCUCUGCAAGACAAGGGGGCAGAGCUGGAGGCCCUGAGGAUGGAGCUUGCUGCUGUCAAAGAGGCUCUGAGUUCCUGCACUGAGAGGGUGGAGAAGCUGCUGGAGGAAGGCCAGAUGAAGGAUGCAGCUCUGACUGAGCUACAUAUUGUCAAUGACCAGCUGAAGGCUGAGCUCAGGAGCCUGCGGGGGAAGUGGCAGCUGCAGGAGCUGCAUGGGCAGUAUGACCUGCAGGCUAUGCCGUGGUACUCACAGGAAGCAGCAGCAGGAGGCAACCUCCCAUUGCUGUCCACAGGGGUGUCUGCCUACUCCCCUGAGCAUCUACGGUGUCAAGACCGCAGCAUGGGUCAUGGUUCGCGCCUGUCAGACUACAGCAGCCUGGAGCUGUGCAGCAAGGAGCCCUCGUUGCCCCCAGAGAGCCUGCGGGCAGACACAGAACCGCUGAGCAGCUGCUCACCAGAGCCCCUGUCUGAUUCCAAGACCUUCUCCAUAAUGGAGACUCUGCAUUUGGAGCAGGUGGAGGGGCUGCUGCACCUGGACCUGACCCCCCCCAGCACCCCUGGUGGCUCCCCACAGGACUUCACCAGCAACAGCUAUGGCAGCAAUAUGAGGUCAGAGCUCGGUGCUAGGCUCCAGAUGGAGCUGGAGACCACAGAGCGCCUAGAUGCCAACUUCCUGGAGUACCUGCGACAGCGUGGCAUGACUGUGGCAGACAGUGUGGUUGCCAGCAACAAACUGUUUUCACCAGAGCUGCAGGGCCUGCUGAAAAAGUUGAAUAAGGAGGCCUGCCAGGUGCUGGCCCUCUCUCAGCGCCCAUGUGCUGAUGCAGUACACCCUGAAUGGCAGGAAGAGAAGCACGCUCUGCAGGAAGCGGUUCUGUCCCUCAAAGAGCUGCUGUGUAGGAUGGCUGAAGAUGGACCCAAGGGUCAAAGCAAUGAAGCUGACUGGCGUGCAGAGCUAAUCCAGGCAGUGAGCACCAUGUUAGCCAGUGAGUGGCACUGGUUGUGCUCAGAACUGUCGUCCAUUACAGCUGCCCAUGUGGCCUUGCAUCCCGAUCCUCUCACAAAGCACCUGGAACAGCUGCUCAAACAGCAGGAUGAGCACCAGCGGUCAUCCCUGCAGCAGCUACUGUCUGCAGACCGCCGUAGCCUUCUCUCCGAGCUGCAGAGCUUGCAGACUCAGCUGCGCAUUGCUAGUCUGCAGAAUCAGGAGCAGCUGCAGCAGAUGCAGAACUGUCUGAGUGCUGCGCAGGAGGAGGGAAGCCAGCAGCGGCACCAGCUGCACAGACAAGUGGAGCUGCUGGAGUUUCGACUGCAGCAGGAGCAAGUUCUAGUGCAGAAGCUGCGCAGUUCCCUGUCUCUGGAGCAGGAUAUUGCAGCCCAGUUGAGGACAGAACUAGAGAAGAAACAUACCCUACUUGAAACCACUGCCAGUAGCCAGCAGGAGCUGCACAGCGAAACCUGCAGGCUGAGGGUGCAGCUGGAGAGCCAGGCUGUCGAGUGCCUGUCCUGGGAGGAGAAGGCAAAAAAUGAAAAAACCAAGGUGCAGGAGCUCCAGCAGGAGGUGCAGCAUGGACAGGCCAAGGUGCAGGAGCUCCAGCAGGAGGUGCAGCAUGGACAGGCCAAGGUGCAGGAGCUCCAGCAGGAGGUGCAGCAUGGACAGGCCAAGGUGCAGGAGCUCCAGCAGGAGGUGCAGCAUGGACAGGCCAAGGUGCAGGAGCUCCAGCAGGAGGUGCAGCAUGGACAGGCCAAGGUGCAGGAGGUGCAGCAUGGACAGGCCAAGGCGCAGGAGCUCCAGCAGGAGGUGCAGCAAGGACAGGCCAAGGUGCAGGAGCUCCAGCAGGAGGUGCAGCAAGGACAGGCCAAGGUGCAGGAGCUCCAGCAGGAGGUGCAAUUUGGACAGGCCAAGGUGCGGGAGCUCCAAGAGGUGGUGCAGCGCGGACAGGCCAAGAUGCGGGAGCUCCAGCAGGAGGUGCAGCGCGGACAGGCCAAGGUGCGGGAGCUCCAGCAGGAGGUGCAGCGCGGACAGGCCAAGGUGCGGGAGCUCCAGCAGGAGGUGCAGCAUGGAAAGGCCAAGGUGCGGGAGCUCCAACAGGAGGUGCACAGGGAGCAGCAAUGCAGUCAACACACACAUGUGGCACAAAAUCAGGUGGUACUUCAGCGUGCCCUGGAACAGAAGCAUGUACAGUGCAGCAACCUCCGCAAAGAGCUCCAGAUCGAGAUUUCUCGUUGUGACGCGCUGAUUUUGCAGGAGAGCAGAAGAGCCAGUCAGGCAGUACAGCAGCUGGAGGAGCUGACCGACUCCCUCACUCAGGAGAAGCAGGAUCUCGCCAUGAAGCUGGAGGACACGCGUUCUCUCUGUGCUCAGCUGAGUGCCUCCCUCAUGCAAGAGAAGCAAGAGAAGCAGGAUCUCACCCUGAAGCUGGAGGAGGCAAGCUCUUUCAGUGCUCGGCUGACUGCCUCCCUCACUCAGGAGAAGCAGGAGAAGCAGGAUCUCACCCUGAAGCUGGAGGAGGCAAGCUCUUUCAGUGCUCGGCUGACUGCCUCCCUCACUCAGGAGAAGCAGGAGAAGCAGGAUCUCAAGCUGAAGCUGGAGAAGCAGCAGGGUUUCCAUGAUAAACAGCAGCUAGACACCGACAAGCAGGAACUGCAGGAGGAGAGAAGGGACUGGCAGAACCAGCAGGAGCGGAAGCAUCAGAGGCUGCUGGAGCUGGAGGAGCAACAGCAGCGCAUCAACCACUUUCAACAAACGCUCCUAGACCUACAGGGGAUGUCAAGCCACGCCUGUCCCCAGAGCCAGCAGCAGCUGCAAAUUACCCAGCAGCAGCUGCAGUUGGCCAGGGUUCGAGUGACCCGUCUCCUUCACAGAGCCCACAGCAGCUGUGACAGUGGGUGGCUGCAGCUGAAACACGACCUGCAGGAGCUGCUCUGUACUUUGACUGACUUGGAGCAGGACCUGCAGCAGCUGAACUCCCAGGAGCUGUCUGUGGCGGAGGAGAAGGCUAGGCACACUGAGUGGGCAUCCCUGUCAGAGGUGGUUGGCCCUGUGACAGUCGCUGACUGUGCAAAGCUCGGGGCACAGGUCCAGCGGCUCUAUCUGAAGUACCUGCGGGCUGAGAGCUUCCGCAAGGCACUCGUCUACCAGAAAAAGUACCUGCUGCUGCAGCUAGGGGGCUCCCGGGACUGCGAGCUGGCCACUCUGUCCCUCCUCGGCCUCAUGGGCGCAUGCCCCUGCCCUGCUGCUUUCAAGACCCGCCCCACUAAUCGCUUCAGGACCACCGUCUGUGUGAUAAUCGCCAUUUCACGGCUCCGUUUUCUGGUCAGGAAGUGGCACAAGUCUGUCAGAAGGGGGGCAAUGAAUCCGGCCUCGAACAAACAUGGACCCGGCAUCAGCAGUGCUACCCGCGUACCUUUACCAAUGCAGCUACAGCCGGGUGACAUCUGUUUCCCACCCACACACAAGCAUGGUCCUGCCCAGAGAGUAGCACUUUCUCCUGUACUUCCUCCUGCGACAUCAGCCUUUAAUCUUCAGAACAGCCCCUGUGUUCCUAGGCCACUCCCAUACUCGGACCCAGAGCACUCGCUCAGCGAGUACAUCCAGCACCUGGAGGCUGUGCAACAGCGUCUGGGAGCCGUUCAGAAAGGCUCCCCAGUUGCGGUUUCAUUCCUUGCAUCUCCCCAGCAAUCUGAUCCAUAGUGGCAGUUUCCUUCAGAAUUUUAUGCUUCUCCAUUAAUCAUACGUGGAUUACACUUAUGCUCAUGUACCAACCUCAACAUGAAUGUGACUUAUUCACCGGAUUGUUUAUAGUUUGUUGAAGUGCUAUUUUUAAACUUUUUAUGGGAUUCUUCUAAUGUUCUGUAAGCAUUGGCACAGUUUGACAUUUGUGGCAAUUUUAAACAUUUUCUUCACUGGAAGCAAUGCUGGAAAGUCACUUAAAAUGCACAAAUAUGAAUACAGGCCUGUUCUUUUUUUAAUGUUUAAAAGCCAGCAUUAAUUAAAUUAUUUUAAUCUGG